AUGGGUCGCGCUAAUCGCUGUACGCUCGCUCUAUUUGCCGUCCUUGCUUUAGCCUACAUUGCCAAUGCAGCCGUUGCUCCUACUCCCACGGCCACAGCAGGCCCCAAGUGCAAGAACGCGUUCCCUCAGAGACCGCUGUGCAAGUUCGUUGACAGUUUGACCACACGCGUUAUCCCCACCCUCGAUGGCACCAGGCCGCUCACCAUUGGCGCCUAUCAGAUCUACCAGGUAACUCUCUCCUGCACCCAUUACAACAAACGACUACCUCUGGCAUGUUAUUCCCAAGAUUCUGCUCUUUUCAUGACGAGAACGCAGAAUGCGCCCCGCCGGCUGACUCUAAGUUCUCCCUUGUUCACGUGGCAGAAAUUCCAUCGCGAUCUGCCGGCGACGAAGCAGUACGCGUACGGCACGAGUCAGAAGACGGCGUCGUACCCCGGCCCCACCAUCGUGGCCAAGGUGGGCAUCGACACGACGGUGACGUGGGAGAACCAUCUGCUCGACAACACGCACAUGUUCACCGUCGAUCGCACCAUCAUGAUGGGCGUCAAAGUCCCCAAGAAGGGCAUUCCCAUCGUUGUGCAUCGCCACGGCGGCUCCCAGCAGAGCUACUACGACGGCCACCCUCUCGCGUGGUUCACGCAGUACGGCGAGAAAGGCCCGACCUUCUUUAACAGCACGUUCAAGUAUGUGAACGACGAGGCGUCGACCAUAUGGUACCACGACCACAUGGUAGGCAUGACGCGCCUCAACGUCGCCGCCGGUCUCGCGGGGCUGUACAUUAUCACGGACCCCAAGCUCGAGUCCAAGUUCACUUGGCUGCCGCCCGCCUCCCGAACCGUCCCGCUCGCCAUCGCGGAUCGGCUGUUCUUCGCCAACGGCUCGGUGAACUACCCGAACGUGGGCAUUGUGCCGAAUGUGCACCCCAACUGGAUUCCCGAGUACCUCGGCGACACCAACAUGGUCAACGGCGUCGUUUGGCCGUACCUCAAGGUCCGGCCUGCGGUGUACCGGUUCAAGAUGCUGGGUGCGGCGAACGCGCGUUUCUACAAUCUGCAGUUCGUUUGCGCACAGCGCGGCGACUACCCCAACUUCGUGCCGCCGCUCAAGGGCCAGGUUCUCGACAUCGUCAGCAUUGCCACCGACGGAGGCUAUUUGGGGAAGCCGGUAACCUCCAAGUCGGUGCUGCUCAUUCCGGGCGCUCGCCAGGACGUGUUGGUUGACUUCUCCAGCCUGCCCGCCACGUGCAAGGACGUGAUUCUGCAGAACACCGCGUCCGCGCCUUUCCCCGCUGGUGUGACGGCUGACCGCGACACCGGGCUUGUCAUGCGCUUCGUCAUCACUAACAAAAAGCGCAUCCCCGGCGCGAAAGUCCCCAGCUCCAUCGUGGGCAUGCCGCCGAUCGACUUCAAGAAUGUCGCCAAGGUUCGCUGGCACCGGCUGGUGGAGGAGAUGGACCCCAAGACGAACCUGCCCGUCCGCGUCACCAUCGACAACCUCGGCUUCAUGGACCCCCCCAGAGACUUUCCCAAGCAGGGCACGAACGAGCUGUGGCACAUCAUCAACCUGUCGGCCGACGCGCACCCCAUGCACUUCCACCUCAUCGACCACCGCCCCAUCUCCCGCCGCCCCUUCAACGUCGCCGCGUUCCAGUCCGGCAAGUGCGCGUUCCGUGGCAACAAGCUCCCGCGCUGCUGGACGGGCCCGCGGGUUCGCAUCGACCCCACUGAGAACGGGUGGAAGGACACCACCACGGCGUACCCCGGUCAGGUGCUGACGCUCUUGUUCCCCUGGAUGGAUAGUAUGGGCAAGGCUUUCCCGUUCGACGUGUCUGCUGGCCCUGGCUACGUGUACCAUUGCCACAUGCUGGAUCACGAGGAUAACGACAUGAUGCGGCCGUUCAAGUCCCCGCGCCGAUGGAGCUACGGGCAGCAUGGGGCACCUGAAUGGACCUGCGGUCGUGGAACGGCAGCAACCUCUCUCCUCCCCUCCCCACCCUCCCUCCUCAUACUCGCAGUCCCCGCGCUGAUGGAGCUGCGCGCAGCAUGGGGCAGCUACAUGGACCUGCGGUCCCCAGUCCCCGCGCUGAUGGAGCUACGGGCAGCAUGGGGCAGCUACAUGGACCUGCGGUCGUGGAACGGCAGCAACCUCUCUCGCCCCCCCCUCCCUCUCUUUACCUUCCUUCCGCGUGCUCCUUCCGCCUUCCCCCAGCCCAGUCCCCGCGCUGAUGGAGCUACGGGCAGCAUGGGGCAGCUACAUGGACCUGCGGUCGUGGAACGGCAGCAACCCGUGCAGCCGCUGGUGGCUCGUCACGUGCUCGUCACGUGUUGGAGCAACGGGCUGCUGCGUCGCAUGGACGUGAGCUCCAAGGGCACGCUGCCGUCCGUCAUCGGCAAUCUAACCAGCCUGGAAGAGUUGUAA